CUGGGAUCAGCUUACGAAGGUUCCCCUCAGUCUUUUGCUUUUAAUUGACUGAACAAGGGAAAGUGUCCCCUGACCUGUGCACUACACGUCUACGGAGACAAGAGUUUUGAAAACCAGUUGACGCUGUGCGCGCGGCAGUUCGCCUCCUCCUGGUGCUCGCCGUCCUGUGUGGGUCGCGAGCUGUUGUAGCUGUUUCCAGGGCAACCUACUGAAGCUCCUGUCAAUCAAGAAUUACGCGCUGCAGCUGUGUGAGCUUCAGCGCUCACAGUCCAGUUCAGCAUCGAGAUUUUAAGUUUAUUCCGUGAAACAACAGAACAUGGCUGACGGAGGCCAUGACGGAGCAGAGAAAGACGCAGAGGACACAGAUGAGCUUCUUUACACAGAUCUCAAUGACAACAGCAGUGUGUCUGGGCUGGACUCUCCUCCUCUCAAACUGGACCACUGUGACCUCCUCCUAGAUGCUAUUGAUGCUCAGCUUGGUCAGCUGCAGAUCCAACCCCAGAAACGUCAGACAAUUUCCAGAGAGCGUGAUUGCAAUGAUGCAGCUUCCCUCAGGUGGAGUCAACCUCUGAGCAAAGACACAGGGUUUGGGAGCACAACUCAAACAAAUGACACACCCAUGUCUUGUCUUGAUUUGAUACACACUCCGACAAUCGAGCAAACUUCAGAGAGGAGCACAGGCUGCCAGGAAGGUCCUGUCACUCAUGAGGAAACUAAAGAGAAAUUAGACAGAAGGACAAGAGACAAAAAGGAAAUAGAGUCUCAGAGGGAGCAGGUCAUAUGGAGGCUCGAGAGGCUGCUUGGCGACACCUGUAACGAGGGAAGGAUGGCAGGAGAAAUCCACCGUCCUUCAGACAGCAUCUGCACUGAGGACUUUGUCAGACGCUUUGUCGAAUUGGCAUUGCCAACGAGUAAUCUGCAGCAACUAGACAAAGAAGAAGUGGCUGAGAGGACAGAGAUAUCCGACUGUGACACUUGCCAGAGUGAACAAAUGGGACACAGUAUUCUUAAUGUCAACAGAAGACACACAGAGACUCAAUAUUGUCAAAGACAGGAACUGGAGAAAUGUGUUUAUGACCGCUAUGUAGUAAAUACAUCACGCAGUGAGAAAGCAGGAGCUGUUGAGAGGUGCAGCACACCACAGAUGCUUGGUGAUGAUAGCAGCAUCUCUCACAGAACCGAGGUUGUAACAGAACAUGAAACCCCACAGAUGAACCACAGCUGUUCUCCUAAGGCCAAGUGUUUGGCAGGAGUGCCUGUUUGGAGCUUUGACUCUGUGUCCAUUGACAGUGACCUUGACUCAGUCUGCACAGAGCAAGUCAGGCACCAUAUUCACAGGAGACCAGGAUGGCGCGCUCUCAUUCAGUCUGUCACAGGCAUGGAUGACUGCUGUACCAACCACAGUGACUAUGACACACACACACAGGAAGAAAGUAAACCUCGUUCUACAUCAGGCCAAAGCUCCUCUCAUGGAAAAGUACAUAACAGAAGUCCUUCUGUCCGUAAAGCACAGCGCAAUAAGAGAGAGCUGUGCAGACUUGUGUGUUCUUUAGAGGACAAUGAGAAGGACACAGGUGAGGAAAUGAAUCGCAGGAGCAAGAGAUGCAGGCCUGAGAGGACAUCCGAGAAGAUGCAAUCUGAUUGGGCAAAGAUGAAAGAGCGUCUCUCUACACUCAGACAAAAAUGUGAGAAAAAGGAGCAGACACUACAGAAGAAGAAGACUCAGUUAAAAGAUGUUGAGCUCUCCCUCUCUGAACUUCAACAGAGAAGAAAGAAUGCCUCGCAGGAAUUGGAGCGACUGACUGUGGAGACGGCAACAAUGGAGAAGGAGAAGAGGACUCUGGAGUUUGUGCUGAGAGACAGUAGGGCAGGGAAGGAUUCUAUUAGUUGCCAGCUGCAUGAGCUGCAGAGGCAGAGAGAGUCCUGUAUCCUCGAGGUAAGAGACCUGGAAGAAGAACUUGCAACCCUGAGUCAAUGUAAGCAGACUCUGAAGGAUGGAGCCUUCCUGGAGAGGCCCGGCAGUGUCUUCAUGUCAGUGCUGGAGAGGGAGGAGAUGGAAAGACAGCUGGAUAACGCCAAAACAGAACUGUUUUCUGAACAGCGACGUGCACGAGAGAAGCUUGAGUCCAUGCAAGAAAAGUUGGAGGAGACCUGUGAGGAGCUCAAGAGGGUCACCGAGGCUGAGAGCUUACUGAGGAACAGCUGUGAUUGUCUGGAGGAGAAACGGAGGCAGAAAAAGAAUCAGAUUGAGGCAGAGGAGUUCCAAGUAGGCGAGCUGCGGGGUGAACUGGGAGAAUGCAAGAUCAGAGUGGGCACUCAGGAGAAGAUGUUGGCCCAGAAGGAGCUGCAGCUGCUAGAUUUACAGGAGCAACUCGGGGCCUUAAAAGCAGAACGAGAUGGACUGAAGGGGGAGCUACAACACCUGAACACCCAGCACUGCAAUGCACGGAAAGAGGCCCACGAGAAAGCUCAUAGAAUGAUAGAAGCAGCAUUGAAGCAGCAAAAAAAAGAAUUGGCUUUGACUCAUGAGCAGCACGUCCAAAAGGUUAAUAAGCAGACAGAAGAGGAGAAGGCUUUAAAAGAACAAGCUCUCUCCCAAACACGAUACAUUGAGUCCUUGAAAAGUUCCAUUAAGCUAAAAGACAAAGAGGCAAAGAAGCUGAGGGAUUCUCUGGAGCAGCAGCAGCAGGAGGCAGAGAAGCAGCAUCUACAAGCCUUGGAAAAGGUGCACACCAUAAUAGAGGAGGAGAGGAGGAGGUGGGAGGCAGAACAAGUGGAAGCAGUGCAGGUGCACUGUGGGAUACUGGAAGAGCAGAAUAAAAAGAGCUUGGACAGCAUGAGGAGUGAGAUGCAGCGAGAGAAGAGUAAAGCUCUGGCUCUCCAAUAUAAAGUGGUGAAACUAAAAACUAGAGUGCAGAAGAUGGAGAGUGAAAGCUCUGCACAGCAAAGAGAACAGGAGUCUUUGAUGGCUGUUAUUUACAAAUCACUGAAAGAGGAGCACCAGGCUGAGCUGCAGAAGUUGCGGAGACAGGUGGCACAGGAGAGUCAGAGAGCAGUGCUGGGGCUCGAGAAGGCCGUUCAGCUGGCAGAGAAAGAGGCCGACAGGCUUCGGCUGAUGCUGGAAGAAAGCAAGAGCAGCCAUACCCAAAUCACAGCUGAGUUGGAACAGCAGCUCAGGCACUGGGCCAAGGAGCUGGGAGCAGAGUGCCAGCAUCUACACCUCUUAAUGGAGCAGAGUGGAGCCAAACAAAGUUCUGUGCAACUACUUGACAGUCCUACAGCAGCUGAGGCGCUUAUAAACCUGAGAGCACGAAGAGAGCAAUUGAAGCACUUGAUUAACCACCUACAGCAGGAGCUUCAUUUACAGAAGCAAACCACUGAGCAGCUGAGGAAAGACAAGGACCGAGAAUUGAGCAUUCAGAGGCAACAGCUGAGGAUGGACAGAGACCUAGCCUUGGAUUCUCUAAAGGAGCGUCUCAUUCAGGAGCACAUCGAGGAGUUAAGCAGUCUGAACUGGCCUUAUAUGUGUGAUGGUGGAGCUGAGGGAGGAGUGGCACCAUCUCUUCGCAAACAGCUGAAGGCCAAAGACCUGGAGCUCAGGCAGGUUCAGAGGAGCAUGGCUCAGUGGAAGGAACAGACUGCAGCUCGUCUGUCGUGCAAGUUUGAAGAAGAGUUGACGGCUGAACUGGAAAGGUGCAAGACAAAGUUGUUAAGGGGCAGAAAACCAUCAAAGUCUCGAGAGGAGAGGCAAAGAGAGUCAGAGAGGCCUGAAGGAGAGAUGACGCUUAGUGCAAAGGUAGCUCAGAAUUCAGCUUGCUCUCCCUCCCUCCAUGUUGUGGACUCUGCUGCCUCCCACAGCCCCUCAGACGUGGCUUCAUUUAAGCUUCUACGUUACCUCCAGAGCAGAGUCAAGCAGCUCCGUGUAGAAAACCAGGCCUACACCUGGAGCCCAACGCUUGCAAAUACAAUCCCUUUAGAUUUGUCAGGAUCUUAUCUUACCACAGUGGGUGCAUUGUUUUAAGAGCUAGUCGCUGCACUUACAGUGGUGAUAAACAAGUAAACUGCAGGCAUUUGUACUUAAGGCACACUGCAUUUCUUUACAUUUAUUAAUGACAUGGAGCACUGUCCUCCAGAAGCACCACAGGAACAAGAAGCAUCACAAAGAACCUGUUGUCCCCUGUAAGAGGCACAACACCUCCAGAAGUCCUGUCAAAAUAUGUCAAAGUACUUCUACGAGGAAAAAACGACUGUAAAUGUGGCAGUAUCAUUAACAUUUCAAUAUUAUUUCUGUGCUUGUCCUCAUAAUAUUAUUUAAAACAUGUAAUACUGGUGUCUCCUUUAUAGAUCACUCAAGGUCAAGACUUUGCCGGGAUUCAGAGUCACUCAACAAUUAGGACAGUUUUACGUUAAGGACAUGAAACCCAACUGUCGGCGUUACACACACCGUUAUAUUAUGUAAUGCAUUUCAAGCUCUUUUUUGUGGCCACCUAAAUGAAUCAUUUACUGUUACAUGUGUUUAAGAUUGACGAUUAACAAGCAGGUCACACUGACAAAUGACACAACCGAAGUCAACUUUUAUGGGUUACGGUUACAAUGAACUCUGCAUGUCAAAGAACCUCAUGAAGCUGAGGUGGGUCUCUUUUGUAACUAUAAAUGUUACAAUAUGUUAAAUUGUACAUUGUAUAAUUGAACAUUUCUGGCAAGUUCAAACAGAAGUAUGUCAUUAACAUCUUAAUUAAUUUAGUUAAAAUGUCUCAUCUUAAUAACAUAAUUCACUGAGAUUGACACCAGAUUAAUCAUAUCUGCUAUCGCACAUGCUGUCUGUUCAUUUCAUUUUGUUUGACAUGCUUGUGUUCACAAGGUGUUUCAGCCGGCUGGAGUAUUUGUGUUGUCCGUUCUUUCUGUGUUAUCAAAUGUUUAAAAGGACAAAGUAGGACCAGUGCCUAUUAUUUAACAACUAUUUCCCUAUUUAAGUAAACAAUCGUCAGCAUCAGUCUUGUACUCUGAGCCGGCCCGAACUGAACUAAUAAAGACAAUAAAUGACA